AGUAAAAGUUAUCAGGGAACGGUAUGUAGCUCAGAAGAAGCAUUUAAUAGGCUGGUACUUGCUGAAACAGAAAGGAACAAUAUUCAGGACCCACUGAUACUAGUUUGUGUUGCAGUAACGAAUGGAAACAGUGAACAAGCAUUUCCAAAAGUAAUUCUUCUUGGAACAUCGAGAUAUAGAGUAUUGCUUGUAUGGAAUAACUAAGCUGAAGUACAGCAAGUCAAGUCAAAUGUGAAGCAGUGCAGGUGUUGGAGAUAUGACCUGAACAAAGCAAAGCUGAGAUUCCCUGAGGUGGCUGCAUAUUGUCCAGACAUGUAUGCACAGUUAUCCUAGAAAAAAGGAAGUGCCUGCAGAGAAGUAUCAUUAGAAGACCAAGACUCUGGAAAUUAUUGAAAAAACUCUUCUGGGCACAGGCACAUACCUCAUUGAUCAUUGCAAAAGAAUUCAGAUUGAAGCCUAAAGGGGAGGAGUGAGGUUCAGCAUCAAAAUAUUGUUUAUUAUUGAUCACACUUUCAACGUGCAAUAUACUUUGCAAUCCAUCUCACUUAUCCUUGCAAUGACCCUGUGAACUUGGUCACUAUUAUUCCCAAUUUUACAGAUGGGGAAAGGAGACUGAGAGACAGUGACUUACCAAGAACACCCAAAAUUCUGACAGAGAAGUAGGCAUUUCUGCCUGAGUUGAAUCUCUGUAUUGUGAAGAGGGUAGAAGUGAUCACCAUAUCAUAAAAGUAUCUCCUGAAUAUCUAUUAUCCCCAACCCUCAACUAUUUUAAUAUGGUCCUUCAUCGAGCAAAUGUAAGCUACCCAUGAAUAGAUAUGGUGGAAAAAUUGUUGGAGAAAAUAGUUUUGAAAGCUAAAUGUAUUCUGUGGUAAUAAUGCUAUGUUUAUUCUCAGUAAGUUGGCAGUCAUUGGUAAGAUCCACUGAUUUAAAGAAGUGAGGUUCCUGGAGCUAUGACUCCUAUAAUUAUGAUGGCAGUAUUCACCCAAAGGCACCAUCUCUUUUUAGUUGGCUUCUUAAGCUUCUGUGUAGAUAGUUUCGCACAAGGUCAAAAGAAUAACACACUCAUUUUCACCAAAGAAAACACCAUUCGUAAUUGCACAUGUCCUAAUGAUAUCAGUAAAAAUGACUGUGAUUACAGUCUGGCAAAUCUGAUCUGCAAUUGUAAGACCGUUUUGCCCUACACAAUAGACAAAACCUACUAUGAUAAUCUGACAAUUUGGUUUACAGAAACAUUCAUGUUAGGAAUGCUCUUAAACUUUACAGCUGUGGAUGACCUGAAGCUCUCGCUCUGUGGCACUAUACCUCUGUCAACAAAAUAUCUGACUAUCUGGGGAGUGCGACAGUUACAAAUAAGAAGUGAGAUCAAUGGGCAGUUACAAGAGCAAAGUUUAACAAUCUACAGCAGCCGUGACAGUGGAAAACAGGGCAAAUUAAAGAUGCCAUGCAAAGAAAGGGACAUGAUUACCCACAUUGCUGUUUUAGACACAUCUCUUUUCAAUGGCUAUGGCCCACUGAAAUCAUAUAGUGUGGAGAAUGUUUCCAACAUUACAGACCACUUUCCACAUUUGCCAUAUUUGGACACAUUUUUCACCAUGAACAACAAAAGCUGCAUUGUAACAUUCAUUUACUGACAUAGUAUGCUUGGCCCUUUCUUCUGUGCAGUCAUGGGACAUCAUCAGAAAUACCAUGUUUUAGAAGCAAAGCUAUCAUUCUUUUAUUAAUAUAAAGAAGCUGAAUUAUCAUUAGUUCUAUUUUCCUUUUUCAGUAAACUUUAA